AUGUCUUUCCUCGGUUUCGGAAGGCCACAGCCUACUUCGGAGGAGAAGAUCGCAGCUGUCCAAGCUGAGAUGAAGCUCUUAACCCAGAUGCACGAUCGUCUCACAAAGGCAUGUGCGAAGAAAUGUGUCCCCAAUGACUACCGAGAAUCCGAUCUCAACAAGGGCGAAAGCGUCUGCCUCGACCGAUGUGCUGCAAAGUUUUUCGAUGUACAUAUGAAGGUAUCAGAACUACUGCAGCAGGAAAUGCAAAGUAAAGGAGCUGGCGGCGCUGGUUUCGGCUUUGGUGGUUAA